AGGCGGCGAGUCGAGUUGCGAACAGAAGUCGAUAGGUAUUGCAGUGCAGUAGUCGCUCUUUCUUGUUAAAUUAUUUUGUGUUUUAAUUAAGAGUUUAAAAAAAAACAAUGUCUGCAGCAACUAAAGGUAUCUAUAUUGUGGCUGCUAAGCGGACAGCCUUUGGAACCUUUGGUGGAUCCUUGAAGGGCAUCAACCAGACCCAGCUUCAGACUACAGCGGCAAAGGCAGCUCUGGAUGCCGCCGGUCUUAAGGGAGAGCAGGUGGAUACCGUCAUCGUAGGAAAUGUGAUUGCGUCCUCCUCCACGGAUGGUAUCUACGUGCCCCGGCAUGUGGGUCUCAACUGCGGCGUGCCCAUCGAGAAACCCGCCCUUGGCAUCAACCGACUGUGCGGUUCCGGCUUCCAGUCGAUCGUCAACGGAGCCCAGGACAUCCUGGUUGGUGGUGCCAAGGUGGCCCUCACCGGCGGCGUGGAGAACAUGUCCCAGAGCCCCUUCAUCGCCCGCAACGUUCGCUUCGGCACCACCCUGGGCGCCAGCUACAACCUGGAGGACGCCCUGUGGGCUGGACUCACCGAUACCUACUGCAAGCUGCCCAUGGCGCUGACCGCCGAGAAUCUGGCCGAGCAGUACAAUAUCACCAGGGAGCGCGUGGAUGAGUUCGCCCUGCUCUCGCAGAAGAACUGGGAGAAGGGACAGAAGGAGGGAGCCUUCGAUGCCGAGAUCACACCCAUUAAGCUGAAGGUCAAGGGCAAGGAGGUGGACUUUGUGGUGGACGAGCACCCUCGCCCCAAGACCACCCUCGAGGGUCUGAAUAAGCUGCCCUCGCUCUUCAAGAAGAAUGGCAUAGUGACCGCCGGUACCGCCUCCGGCAUCUGUGAUGGAGCCUCCGCUGUGAUCGUGGCCUCGGAGGAGGCCCUUAAGGAGUACAACUUGAAGCCUCUGGCCCGUCUGGUUGCCUUCUCCUUUGUGGGUGUGAAGCCCGAGAUCAUGGGCAUUGGACCAGUGCCUGCCAUUCAGAAUGUCCUGAAGGUCUCUGGCAAGAAACUGGAGGAUAUUGAUCUGAUUGAGAUCAAUGAAGCCUUUGCCGCCCAGACAUUGGCCUGCGCCGAUACCCUGAAACUGGAUCCCUCCAAGCUGAAUGUGAAUGGCGGUGCCAUUGCUCUUGGUCAUCCUCUGGGCGCCAGUGGCUCCCGCAUCACUGGUCACCUUGUGCACGAGUUGCAGCGCAAGAAGCUGAAGUACGGCAUUGGAUCCGCCUGCAUUGGUGGUGGUCAGGGAAUCGCCCUUCUCCUCGAGGCUGUCUAACUCCACAACCAAACUGGAACUCACCCUGCAUUUACACUUAAAAACUAGUGCUAUAAAUUCCGUUUUGAAACUCCCCAUAUAGUAAUAAAGAAAAUAUUUUAACUUUACAAUUUAUUAAA